CCGACAGCAGCAGUGGGCGGUCAUCUCUCUCUCUCUCUCGCGCUCUCUCUCUCGCGCUCUCUCUCUCUCUCUCGCUCUCUCUCUCAGUGAAACACACACCCUUCACUCUCAUGAGGUUUAAGGUCAGAUGAUGUCGGCUCACUUUUGAGAGAGUCUGAAGCUCAGAUGAUGGUUUAUGGUUGUGUGUUUGCUGUGCUUAUGGUGAGGAUGCAGUAAACUUGUUAGAUCGGUCUCGUGACGUGCAGCAUGACGGACGCAGGUGAGAGCGUGAAUAAAGACGUGAAGGAGCCCUGUCCUCAGGUGUUCGUGGUGGACAGCCAGGCGUUCCCACGUCAGGUGCCCAUCAAGCUAGACAUCCCGCGGCUCACCUUAGUCUACCUGCUGCUGGCUGUGGCCCUGGUGGGCAUCUUCAUCGAAGCUGGAUUCAUCUGUCAUCUGUACAGCAGACAAGCGGUUUCAUCAGAUGUCCAGAAAGCGGAAUUUAUAAAAGGAGAGGACGUAUUUCCCAGUGCACAUGAUUAUAAUGAUAUUUUACCUGAAAAAAAACCCAAAGCUGAGAGCACACCAGCAGCCAAAGCUGAGGACAAACCUGCAGCAUUUCUGCAAAGCGAUUCGCCCGUGUCUAAAGGCAACGGCAUCCUGCUCUGGAGGUCAGUCGGCUACCCAAUGUUCAAGAAGGGUCUGGACUACAAGAACAACAGUCUGUACGUCCAGCAGGAUGGUUACUAUUACAUCUUCUCCAAGAUCUCCCACCUGGAGAACUGCAAAUUCUUCCAACAUAAAGUCAUGCAGCGCUCAGAGAUUUACAGCAACAAGCCCAUCGAGCUGAUGCAGAACUCCAGGUACCUACAGUGCAGCUCCAAUAAACCCCAUCCAACGGGCGAGCGGGGCAACAGCUACCUGGGCGGCGUCUUCCACCUGAAUAAAGGAGACAGUGUGUUUGUUACGGUCAAUAACAGCUCGCUGGUGAACAAUAAUGCAUAUGAGAACUUCUUUGGUGCCUUCAUGGUCUGAGCACUGACAAACUGCUGCAAGAAAAGCACACACACACACACACACACUCUUUCACGCCCAGGUUCUCAUUCCAGUUUUUAAAUAUUAUUUUUAUAAACACAUUUUGUUAAUCUUUGCAAUAUAGAAUUUUACUAUUUUUCUCCAGUGGUCGACCAAUAUAUCACCAAUAUAGCCGAUAUAUAUAUAUAUAUAUAUAUAUAUAUUUUAUUUUUUUUUUUAAAUAUCGGCAUGAUAAUAUUUUCUGUUUGGCCGUCGUGUCGGAAGCGAGACUUUUAUUUUGACAGUGCCUGACAAACAAUUCGCAGCGCUUCCAAUAGUAAUAAAAAGCCAAACACUAUAAUACUUUCUCAUUUACCAUCUGUAUUCAGCAAGUACGCAUUUAUAUCAUUUAAACAAAUCUUUGAAUAUCUAAAAAAACAUUUUGUCACAAACCUUGCAGACUUUCAAUUCCAGCUGUUACAUAUCUGAAAUGUGUAUUUGUAGACUGCAUAAAAACAUGUACUCUGUGCGAAAUGGUCGGUCCGUGCAAAUUGAACGGAAAUAGGAGAGUUCAGCUGUCACUAGCCAUGUUUCCAUCCACCUAUUUUAUGCACAUUUUGGGAUAUCAUAAAAAAUAUGCAGGAAAAAUGCUGGAUGGAAACGCCAAAAUACGCCACCGAUGCCAGUCGCCGAUUAUUCAGAGUGAUAUCUGCCGAUACCGAUAGUUUGGGGGUUCUGCAUUUUAUACCUUCUUUUAGAUUAAUGAUAAUUUUGGUGUCAUAGUUACACAUUAUUACGUGUACUUGCUAUAGUAAUAACAGUAAAUUAUGCAUAAUUUCAAGUAACUAACCCUAACUGUAACUCUAUAGCAAGCAUGUAGUUAAUUAAUAGUACUCAGUACUUAUUUGAGUAAUUACAAUGUAACUAUGGCACUGUAAAAUAAAGUGUAACCAUACUUCUUAACUUUCUGAAUGUUACUAAUAUUGAACAUCAUUCUGGUUUCUUAGCUUUUUCUUUACACAAAGCCCAAAUGCAGUGUA